CCAAAUUCACAUUCCUAUUUUUAUAUCUACUUUUCUCUCUUUCUCUCUCACUGCCAUGGUUCUCUCCAAGACAGUGUCUGAGACCGAUGUCUCCGUCCACUCAACCUUUGCUUCACGCUAUGUCAGGACUUCGCUUCCUAGGUUCAGGAUGUCAGAGGAAUCGAUACCAAAGGAAGCAGCAUACCAAAUCAUAAACGAUGAGUUAAUGCUGGAUGGUAACCCAAGGCUGAACCUAGCAUCGUUUGUGACCACUUGGAUGGAACCUGAGUGUGAUAAGCUCAUCAUGGCUUCCAUUAACAAGAACUAUGUUGACAUGGAUGAGUACCCUGUCACCACUGAGCUUCAGAAUCGGUGUGUUAACAUGAUAGCUCAUCUUUUUAAUGCACCACUUCAAGAGUGUGAGACUGCAGUUGGUGUUGGCACUGUUGGUUCUUCAGAAGCCAUAAUGUUGGCUGGUUUGGCAUUCAAAAGGAAGUGGCAGAAUAGAAGGAAAAAAGAGGGAAAGCCUUAUGACAAUCCCAACAUUGUUACUGGAGCCAAUGUCCAGGUUUGCUGGGAGAAAUUUGCAAGGUACUUUGAGGUGGAGUUGAAAGAGGUGAAGCUGCGUGAUGGAUACUAUGUAAUGGACCCUGAAAAGGCUGUGGAAUUGGUGGAUGAGAACACCAUUUGUGUUGCUGCUAUCCUUGGUUCCACCCUAAAUGGAGAGUUUGAAGAUGUCAAGCGCUUAAAUGAUCUCCUAAUUGAAAAGAAUAAGGAAACCGGAUGGGACACUCCUAUUCAUGUGGAUGCAGCCAGUGGUGGCUUCAUUGCCCCAUUUAUAUAUCCAGAACUUGUGUGGGACUUCCGUUUACCACUAGUGAAGAGCAUCAAUGUUAGUGGCCACAAGUAUGGUCUAGUCUAUGCUGGAAUUGGUUGGGUUAUAUGGAGAAGCAAGGAGGACUUGCCUGAGGAACUCAUCUUCCACAUCAAUUAUCUUGGAGCUGAUCAACCCACCUUCACCCUCAACUUCUCCAAAGGUUCUAGCCAAGUCAUUGCUCAGUACUACCAACUAAUUCGCCUUGGUUAUGAGGGAUAUAGAAAUGUGAUGGAAAAUUGUAGGGACAACAUGUUAGUACUUAAAGAGGGGCUCGAGAAAACAGGGCGCUUUGAAAUUGUAUCCAAAGACAAUGGUGUGCCAUUGGUGGCUUUCUCAUUGAAGGACCACACUCACUAUGAUGAAUUCCAAAUCUCUGACUUGCUGAGGCGCUUUGGGUGGAUAGUGCCAGCUUACACCAUGCCUCCAGAUGCUCAACAUGUGACUGUGCUUCGUGUUGUCAUCAGGGAGGACUUCUCAAGGACCCUUGCAGAGCGUCUUGUGGUUGAUGUGGAGAAGGUGCUGCAUGAGCUUGAUUCACUUCCAGCUAGGGUGAUGAGUAGCACCAGUGUAACUGUUAGUGGAGAAGAAGCUGUGAACAAUAAUGGCAAGGUAGUGGUUGUGAAAAAGAGUGCUCUGGAGACACAAAGGGAAAUCACUGCGGUUUGGAAGAAGUUUGUGUUGGAGAGGAAGAAGCUGAAUGACAAGAUGAAUGGUGUUUGUUAAGAGUCAGCUUGCAAUGGAACAAGGGUGUGUUGUGUUGUGUCUCUGUCUCUGCCUUAAUAGUUUUUGAUAUAUGAUUGGGGCUGUGAGUACAUUUGAUUGAGUCAACCCAUUUCUCUGCUUCAGUUGUUGAAUUAUUAGAGUUAAAACCAAAUCGUGUUUUCAUCUAUAUAAGUAUGGUUUGCUUUAUUUUCUGAAGACUAAUUAUACCUAUCUUCCCUACAAUUUGUUCAUUUUAAAUUAUGCUU